CCUCCCCCGCUGUGGAUUUGUAACAUCUGGAACCUGGAGAUGCCACCUGUCUCUGGGAUGGAUGAGUUGCAGUGAGGAGGCUCCAGGAUAUUCACAGUUUGGACUUUUUGGACAGAGUUUCUCCCUCAUGCAGCUCCUCCGGCUGGCCUGGGCUCUGACUGCCGCCGCGGCCUGCUUCCUGAUCCUCCUGAUCCUCCACAACCACAUCCUCAGAGAAGGUCAGCUGUUGGCAGGGACUUGUGAGAUCGUGACUCUGGAUCGAGACAGCAGCCAGCCGAGGAGGACCAUCGCCCGGCAGACGGCUCGCUGCGCCUGCAAGAAAGGACAGAUCGCCGGGACGACUCGCGCCAGACCGGCCUGCGUCGACCUUGGUAUCGUGUGGACUCGGCAGUGGUGUGAGAUGGCUCCGUGUUUGGACGAUGAAGGUUGUGGUCUCCUGGUCAAUCAGUCGGGCUGGACCUGCACGCAACCAGGAGGCCGGGUCAAAACCACCACGGUCUCCUGACACCGCGAGGACAGACCCUCCCAAAUAAAGACUGUU